AUGGAACCCGGGUCUCUGGCACAAGGAGGCAGCGGCGCUACAUAUGGCAAGUAAACAUUUGCCAUGAACACCGCAGCAAAGACUAAGACUCUGCUCAGCUGUUGCGGGUUUCAAUGGCUGCGGAUAUUCCCAGAAUUCGCAGCGCAACUGGUGGACCUGUUCUCAGGGCAACAGUCAAUUGCGCAAGCGCAGAGGCGGACAGUAUUGUGAACAUGCGCAUUAGAGGUCUGGGGAUGACUGCUUGAGUGGAUCGAUCGCUGGCGGAGAUCGAGAUGGUCGACCCGGCACGGGGGCUGAUUCCAUUCGAUUCGGACAUUAGAAGCAGGGGAUUUGUGGUCUGGAAUUUCAACAAUGUGUCAAGAUUGAAUGUGUCAAGUUUGAUGCAGUCGUUUAAUUCUUCAAGAUCUGAAUAUCUUUGGCAUUUAAAUAUUUGUCCGUGGGAAAACGUUUCAAAGAUUAAUCUGACUGGAUAAGCAUCAGGAGGGAGAUAAGACAUACACACACCUGACUGAAAGUGCUUGAGAACUCUGACGUGGGAAAAGGCUUGAACUGGUUGGAAUUCUUAAAACUAUCCGCCUUGGAGUGACAUCAUUGACGUGUUCAAAGUACGGUGGAGGCUUCAACAGAUAGUGAGGUUUGGAGCGAUGCGCGGUUACGUGCACCAUGGAGAAGCCGUGUAAAUGUGGGGACUGCGGGAAGGGAUUCAGUUACCCAUCCCAGCUGGAAACCCAUCGUCGCAGUCACACUGGGGAGAGGCCGUUCACCUGCACCGAAUGUGGAAAGGGCUUUGCUCUGUCAUCCAGCCUCCAGCUGCACCAGCGGGUUCACAGUGACAAGAGACCUUUCAAAUGCACUGACUGUGGGAACUCUUUUAAAAUCUCUGCCGACCUGAUUAAACACCAGCUUGUUCAUACCGACGAGAGACCGUUCUGCUGUCAGCACUGUGAGAAGAGAUUUAGGCAAUCCUCGCACCUCAUUCAACACCGGCGAGUUCACACUGGGGAGAGGCCGUUCGCCUGUUCCGUGUGCGGGAAGGGAUUCACGCAUGCAUCCAAUCUCCGCACACACCAGCGGGUUCACACGGGGGAGAGGAUAUUCACCUGCACUGUGUGUGGUAAGGGAUUCACUCAGUCCUCCAAUCUGCGGACGCACCAGCGGGUUCACACCGGGGAGAGGCCUUUCACCUGCACUGUAUGUGAGAAAGGCUUCACAAAUUCAUCCCACCUUCUGACACACCAGCUUGUUCACUUUGACAAGAGGGCAUUUAAAUGCUCUGACUGCGAAAAGAGCUUCAAAAGCACAAAGGAUCUGCUGAUUCACCAGCGCAUCCACACCGGGGAGAGACCAUUCACCUGCUCCAUCUGCGGGAAAGGGUUCACCCUGUCGUCUAAUCUGCAGACACACCAGCGGGCCCACAGUGGGGAGAAGCCCUUCAGCUGUUCUGUGUGUGGGAAGGGAUUUAAUCGAUCCUCCAAUCUGUUAAGACACCAGCGUGUGCACACCAGGGAGAGGCCAUUCACUUGCACCAUAUGUGAGAAGGGAUUUACUAGAUCUUCCCACCUGCUGAGACACCAGCAAAUUCACAAGUGAAUGUUUAAGUUGGAAUUGCCUCUAUUUGCUGCUGUUGAUCAAGUGUGGAAAUUGAACCCUUUCUGCUGUGCGAGUCCAAAUUGGCUCCUGCUGCUUGUUCCACCCCUUGUGAUGAAUCAGAAGUUUUUAAUUCUGGAUUUUCUGAAGUUGUUCACAUUGUGUAGUUGUUUCGACGGCAAGGUUAACUGAUAUCCUGUUACCACAAGUUUGAUUUUUGUCCUAUGUGUUGCGAUUAUUUUGGCUCCCUUACCUGUGGACAAGUCCAUGUUCUCAAGCCCUUCAUCACCACCCCUCCAUGCGUUGGAUCAGAGAAAACAACAUACGGCUACUCCAGAUCCCAAAACAUAGAACUGCCUGUGCUUUCCCACUGGCAUGUUCUACACCCUCUUUGUUGUGGGAACUGAGCAUCACUCCUGGAAACUGCAUCAGAAUUUGGAUUUGCAGAUGCUGUGUGAAAGCAGGCCCAUCAUCCCACGUCGACCAGCGAUCAACAUGUACACUAGCAUUAUCCAACACACUAGGGACAAUUUAGCCUUAGCCUAAUUAACCUACAAACCUGUAUGUCUU